GAGAGCGGCGUCGCUGCGAUGGGGACGGAGGAGAAGAAGCCGCGGAGCGGCGGCGGCGGCGGCGAGAGCCGGGCGCUGGCCGGCGGCAGCCCCGAGAGCCCGGGCCAGGGGUGUGGACGCGGCAAGAAGCGGAUCCUGGACGAGGAGUCGUACAUCGGGAAUUUGGAGAAAAUUAUCCAGCGUGACUUUUUCCCUGACGUGGUAAAGUUACAUGCUCAGAGAGAGUUUCUGGAGGCUGAAGAGAGUGGCGACAUGGAAAAGAUGCGUGAAAUAACCAUAAAGUAUGGUUCUUCACUGGGAAAACCAAAUUUGGUGACUCCUGCCCUGUAUCACACUCCAGGUUCUUUUGAGACGCCAGAAGUUGCGUCGGGUUCUCCACCUUCGCAGAAUAAAACCAGGUUAGAUGGAAAGCCUGCAAGUGAUGGAGGAGAAAAGAAAGAAGAGGAAUUGCCAACUCUGGACACCUACUUGGGACAAAGCACCAGUGAAGACAAUGCCUCCUUUAACCAAAUUAUGGAGCUUGCUGAAGAAAGGAAUAAGAUUAAACACGCCUGGCUUUAUGAGGCAGAGGAAGCAUCAAAGCAGGGCCAUGAAGAAAUGCUGGCACUGCCAUCGCCUGACGCUCUGGCCAUCAUGGACAGAAAAGCAGGAGUGAAAACCUGGAAGUACAAAGCCAAAAACAUUCUGAUGUAUUACCCAGAAGGAGUGAAGGAUGAUGAACUCUUCAAGAAACCCCGUGAGGUGAUUCACAAAAAUACCCGCUUCCAGAGUGACCCUUUCAGUCGAACCCUGAGCAAGUCUCAGCUGCAACAAGCAGCAGCUCUCAACGCACAGUUUAAACAGGGCAAAGUGGGGCCAGAUGGGAAGGAACUGAUCCCACAGGAGUCGCCCAAAGUGAAUGGCUAUGGCUUUGUAAGGACCCCUUCUCCUGCUCCAGGUGUGACUGACUCACCGAUGAUGACAUGGGGUGAGAUUGAAGGGACUCCAUUGCAUUUGAGCAGCUCAGAAAGCCCUCAUGUGGACAGGACACCAGGACCUGCAUUUAAGAUUCUGGAACCAGGCAGGAGGGAGAGACUGGGCCUCAAAAUGGUCAAUGAGGUCGCGGCCAAAAACAGAACCAAGAAGCAGGAGGCUUUGAGGAAGGCGACAGAGAGUCUGGUCAGUCUCUCUCCACAUGGUAUCAGCCCUGUGAUGUCGCCAGCCCUGCAGCGCCUUGUUAACAGGACCUCCAGCAAGUACACGGACAAAGCUUUGCGUGCCAGUUACACGCCCUCGCCGGCACACAAAGGGACACCACGGUGCAAAACGCCGCGUGCUGGUGUCACCCCUAAUAUGCUCGCCUCUACCCACACGCCGAGCAGCCAGGACCCCACCUCCAUCACUGACAACCUGCUGCAGCUGCCCAAGAGAAAGAAAGCAGCAGACUUCUUCUAAUGCCAGUCUUGGGUGUCUCCGUCUCUCUGGUCCUUGCUCUGCUGCCCUGCUGCGGAAACGGGAAACUUUUCAGACUGAUAACAGGAGUACUUAAGGAUGAAGGAUGAUUUUGCAUUCAUCUACUGCUGAGGGAUCCUGUCACUGUACUCUUUGUUUGCCACUCUCCCAGAUCGGACCUGAUGCAUCGGUGCAGUGGGAGUGAUCAGUUCAGGCACGAGCUGGCUGUUAAGCUGUUUGGUUCCUGUGCUCUACCAGUGCUGGCCACCUGAGGUAAUGGGUAUUGGCUGACCACCUAAGCCUCUCGCUGCCUGAUUUGGCUGCAGCCAGCACCAGCAUUCCUCCAGAACUCUUGGAACUGUUUUCUUUAUUUAUUAACCAUUUCAGUGCUGGCACAUCUGCAUGCACCACACACCCACCACUGCCCAGCCGGUUAGCCGUUAAUUGUGGCUCUUGUAAUAUUAGGGCUUUGGGUUUGAUGGUUUUAUUGUGUAGGUGUGGUUGGUUCAGGGACUCUGCGGGGCCCCAAUUCCAAAGGCACUGUCAUUCUAUUAAUGGUCUUCAGCGAUCUUCUACUUCGUCCCCCACCCACAGUCCUCCCCUGUCCUCCCUCAACGCUAACUGCAGGACCUUCAUCCACUCCCUCGCGUACACCUCGAGCAACCAUCUUCACACCGUCCCAACGUUCAGUGGAUGCUGUUUGUUCUUAUUCACUCACCUGCCUGUACCCUCUCUCGCUCUUUCACACCAUCAGUGUCCCCUCUCUGCCCAUUGGUGCCCUAUCUAGCUCCAUGCAGUGUACCCUCUCUCUCUCCCCCUCAUUGCCCAUCCCCCUGGGUGAAGCCCAGAGCCUUGCCCUCCCCCUGAAUGCUCCCGUUUCUUCACCUGUAACGAGCAGGGUUUCUAACCCACUUCUCACUCUCAGGCGCUUCCCCCGUCUCAUCCCGGCCAUUGCCCUAUGUUGCCCUCCCCCGGUAGUGUCACCUCUCUUGUCCUCCCCUGGGCUGUCCCCUCCUCCCCUCUACCCACCCCCAGACAGUGUCCUUUCCCUUGUACAUACAUACACACACCCCUUCUGUUACUGCCUUUCCCAUGAGCCUCCUUAGAGUUGUAGACGUGCCUCUAUUCAAUUUAGUUGUACUAAUAUUUCCUCACUGAAAUUUAUUGCGGAAAUGACCUCCGGUUAAGAGAAACCAUGUGCCAGUUUUUCUGUGUUGACUUUGAGCACUAUAAUGCUUCCAGAUGGGAGCCAGCUGGAUUACGCCUCUCUGAUCCCUGCUCUCGUAUCUGCUCAUUUACUGUAGCCUCUUUAACCCAUAGACGUCACAUCCCCACUCAGACCACGUGCUGUCGGUCAUGUCACAGGAGGCUGUUCAGGGCAUCCUAGCCAUGCGAGGUGAAAAUUCGACCUAAUCCCUCAUUCCCAGCACAAUGGACAGCCAGUUCCAAACCCCCAUCACCCCUUGGACUAAGGUGGCUUUGCUCAACUUCCUCCCAAUCCUGCUCUCUUAAACCUUUUCCCUGGGCAGAGAAAAGUAAGCAGGGGGCAAUUUGCUCUCUCCUCUCUAUCCUGCACCAUAAUUUUUUAUACUGCAGCUAAAUUAUACCUUCAGCUCCCCUGUUCUAAAGGAAGCAGUGCCAGUCUAAUCAAUGAUUCUUCACAGCUCAAGUUCUCCAAUCCUGGCAGCAUCUUGUAAACACUUCUCCUUUGCUAUCAUGUACUUUCUGUAAGGUGACCAGAAAUGUCUGUAGUUCUUUAGCUGUUUUAACUAGUCUUUUUUUUUCAAAGCAUGGGUCCCAGAUCUUUUGUAUUUGACUCCUUGCCAAUAAAGGCAUGUUUUCCUUUAGUUUUCACGUCACUAUCUGUAUGCAGUAAAACUCCAAUAAUCCAGCACCAUUGGGACUUCGGUGGUGCCGGUCUGGCAGAUUUUCAGACUGCUGGAUAUUACUCAUUCAAUCCCAAUACUUUUUUUACAUGUGACAAGUUGUAUAAUAAUUUUUCCAAUAAAUUCUGAGUUUAAAGGGAGUGGGAAACUGAGCCCUGCUGAAUUUAAAGGGAGCUCAGAAAUAACCCAGUGAGUUUAAAGGGAGCUCAGGGGAAACUGAACCCAGUGAGUUUCAGGCACUCUAGCUUUGGCUGCACACCAGAUCCAAGCUCUGGACCUGUGGUUCCCCCCCCCCCCCCCCCCCCACCCCCCGAUCCUGAGCUCCAGCGACAGGCCUACCCACGUUCCUGACCCUUGGAGUUCUCAGCUCCAGUACACAGAACCACGGAUAGGUCUGCAGAUAAUGAGGACGGAGUGAACUAAUGAGUGAACGAGAUGCCGAAUCAUUGGGAUUGCUGAACAAUGGAAUAGUGGAUUAUUGGAGUUUUAUUGUACCUGUCGUCUUAUCGUCUCCCUGUGGAAAUGCACACAGUCCCAGCGCCGCACUUAGACUCCUACUGUUUACCUCAUCUGCUUGUUCUUCCCCAUCCAUUACCCCACGCUGAUCAAAAUCAACUUAUUUGCUACUUUUCUGCCCAGCUGCCCAUUGAUAUCUUUCGUUGAUAGUAAGUAUCCUCUUGUGUUUCCUAAUCACCUGCCACAUAAUGAAUUCAUUUGUGCCUCUAAUAAAAGAGUAGGAAGGUGGGUUCUCAAUUUCUGCCCUCUUGUCAGAGAAAGAAAAACAGUGCACUGGGCAAGGUGUGGGAAAACUAAGGCAAGGGAGAAGUAAAGCUCCAUACAGAGGUACAAAACCGCACAAGGGAACGCAACGUGAUGGGUCAGAGUCGCGGCAAGUGGACACUGCAGACAAAUGAGAUGCGACAGAACCGGAAAUGUAUGGAACAUUUGGGUUCAAAGUCGCAUCUUGUCCGCCUGCCUGUGCCCCAGUCCUCACACUCCCUUUAAACUCGCCUGGUUCUGUUGGCUGUGCCCCCUUGAACCUUGCUGGGUUCACUGAAAUGUUACUGUGUACCAUCUUUAAAAAUAGUGAAUUAAAUCUGUGUUGGAAUAUUAAUAAAAUAACAUCUGACAAUCUGGAAAAUCCGCUAGUCCGGCACCAUCAAAGUCCUGAGCAUGCCGGGUUAUUGGAGCUUUACUGUACAUAGGUCAUUGAAAUGUCACGGACAGGCAUGGAGAAUAAUCCAAAAAGCCACUUAGAAUGUUGGUUUUAUUUAGAGGAGUAGAAUAAAGGGGUGGGGUGGGGGGGGGGGUGCAGUAAAACCACAGCUUUAGAAAGGCCUGGCUGAUCGAUGUGCAGUACUGUGGCCAGCUCUGGGUGUCCUAGGUAGAAUAUAUUGGGCUCAGAGAGAGAGUGUGAUGUAAACUUGGCAGAUUUAUUCUUGCAGCAUCAAAUUACGAGGAAAGUUACACACAGUAUUCCCUGGAGGGGUGGCUUGGAUAAAGUUGUCAAGGCAUUAAGGAAAACUCGGGGGUAUGUUGUAAGAAACUGUUUCCACUGCUUGAGGUGUCUGGAACUAGAGCCGGGUCUCCGGAAUGAAAUUAGGAAGUAGUUCUACGUGUAAAAGGUGAUUGGAGUCUGGAUUAUUCUGUCAACAGCAAUUGCUGCUCGGCCAGUUACUUUUUAAAUCUGAAAUUAAUAGCAUUAAAGCAUAUAGGAAAAUGCAGUUAUAUAGUGUUAUGUAACUGAUUCCAUGAGAUCACAUUGAUUGGCCCAACAGGCAGAAAGACCAAGUGGUCCAUCCCUGUUUGUGUUCCUCUUAAAAUAAACUCGA